CCAAUGACAGGAGUCGGCUCCACAUCCUGCUGGGCCACCUCAGUUCGCGGGAAACCGGCUGUUAUCGUGAUACCAGGAGCAGAAUAGAGCUGAAGACUCAGCAGAUUAAUUUGAUACUAAACCGCUCCGCCAUUAGUCGAUGCGCGUCAAGCCACCGAGGCUACAAACGGCGCAGUCACACACGGUUCAACGCCGCCGUCUUCGAGCUAGCGCUGCCCCCGCUGCUAUGCUAACACUCGCACCCGGUAGCUAGUUUGUCACAUCGGCUAACGGGAAGAGCCGCUGCUACAUGCGACUGGACGCAGAAGACAGCGCCGACAUAAGAUAGACAAAGGGGGCCGCCGCUGUCACUCGAGAAAUAGUCUCCGUUUAAGAUGAGCUUGUUCAAUUUGGACCGUUUUCGUUUCGACAAGAAGGCGCAGGACAGCGGCUCCAACAGUCCCGAGUCGGAGAAGGAGAAUAAGCCAGAUGAGCUUAAAAAGGUCCUCUCUGAACCAAAGACCAGCGUAACAUCAAGUAUGAAAUCCAAGAAUCCAAUUAGGAAACCGUCAGUUCAUACGGAUAAAGAGGAGAAUAAGCUCGAGGAAAAAACAACCAGGCUUAAAGAGAUGUUUCCUCAGUUGAUGAGGGAAGAGCUACUCGAGGUCAUUGGGAGCACAAGCACAUUGGAAGAGGCUGUAGAUGCCUGCUUUUUAAAGGGCUCUGAUAACAAAGCUCCAGAACAAGACAGAAAGAGAAAGCUGGAUGGAUCCAGCAGUUCUCAGGACAGUGGUGAGAUUCAAGAGACCAAGAAGAGGAGAAUGUCAGAGGUCUCUAAUGAAGAUGACGAUGAAAAUAAUGAGCCAAGCUGGGAGAAGCAGGAAGCCAUGGUGAGAAGACUGCAGAAAAAGUUUCCUGACCAGGACAAGGAGGAGCUGCGGAUGGUGCUGCAGGAACACGACUGGGAUGCCGAGGAGGCUCUGCAGGUUCUUCAGAUGUUCUCAGACCCAGAUACCAACUCCAGCACACCUGAGUCAGAAGAAAAGAAAUCCAGCAAAUCAAAUAGUAAAGACAAGUCAAGCACGGACCACAAAGAGUUGAGGCGCCACAAAGAUCACAGAGACAGUGCAAAGAGGAAUGGUAAUGUGAACUCUAAAGAUCACACAAUUAUCAGUGAAACAGAUGGAGACAGUACAGAUGAUACAGAAGCGUCAAAAGACAGUGAAGACGAAUCAGACCCAGAAGACAUUAAAGUUUCCAUACCCAACACAAGUAGAGCUUCCACUAUGAACACGUGGCUACAAAAAAGCUCCCACCCAGUGUCUUCGUCCUCCUCUGUCAAGAAAACAACUACCUCUUCGUCCCUAAAGCCAUCCUCCUCCUCCUCUUCUUCCUCCUCCUCCUCCUCGUCGUCCACUGCCCAGAUGCUGUCCAGAUUUGCCAGUGGCACGAGUAUAGCGAAGAAACGGGCAGCAGAGAGAAAGACAAAGGCGCGUGCCUCUGAUGAACGUGUCAGUUCUGAGGGGGAAAAUGACGAUGAAGAGGACACAGUUAGCAGCGAGUUCGAGAACUCUGAUGAGGAGCUCGACGCUCAAGGUGCCAUGACGGAAAUAAAGAAGGAGGUGCUCAAGUUUUUCCGGGAGGCAUCAAGAGAUGAGCUGUCGCUGAUCACCGGCUGUUCUGUUAAAAAGGCCCUGAAAAUUGUGGAGCUGAGACCCUUCAAUAGCUGGCAAAGCCUGGUCGAAGUCUUUCACAAGGCCAAUGGACUGUCGGAGAGUUUACUCGGCGGCUGCAGACUUGUCCUCAAGGAGCGGAAGAUGGUGUUGGGGCUCAUGGUCAACUGUAAGACUAUUUCCUCAAAUAUGGUCAAACAAGUGACUGAAGUGAUGGAGAAGGGCACAGGGGCCAUGAAACAGCCCAGAAUACUCAACAGCCAGUUACGGCUGAAGCCAUAUCAGCUGAUUGGUCUGAAGUGGCUGCUGCUCCUGCAUGAGCACAAGCUCAGCGGUAUCCUGGCUGAUGAAAUGGGUUUGGGGAAAACUAUCCAAGCCAUAGCGUUUCUGGCCCAGCUAUACGAGAAUGGAAUAGAGGGUCCUCAUCUCAUCGUUGUGCCGUCCUCUACGCUCGAUAACUGGGUCAGAGAGCUGAAGCUGUGGUGCCCACGCCUCAAAGUUCUAAUCUAUUGCGGAUCUGUGGAGGACCGCCGCUACCUCAGACACGACAUCCUCAAUAACAAGUCUGAUUUCCAUGUCAUAGUGACCACAUACAAUUUGGCGAUAGGAAACGAUAACGACCGCAGCCUUUUCCGCAAGCUGAGUCUGGAGUAUGCUGUGUUUGAUGAAGGUCACAUGCUGAAGAACAUGAGCAGCUUGCGCUACCGCCACCUCAUGGCUAUUAAUGCACAGCAUCGUUUGCUGCUGACAGGAACUCCUUUACAGAACAACCUCUUAGAGUUGAUGUCUCUCCUCAACUUCAUCAUGCCUUCUAUGUUCUCCAGCACCACGACACAGCUCACCAAAAUGUUUUCUAUUAAAUCCCACGAGGAGCAGAGCCAUUUUGAAAGGGAUCGUACUUCUCAGGCCAAACUCAUCAUGAAACCGUUUAUCCUCCGAAGGGUCAAGAGUGAGGUUUUAAAGCAGCUGCCAGCGAAGGAGGAGAAGGUGGAGUCCUGCUCGAUGAGUGAGAAGCAGCAGGUGCUGUACGAGAAACUCUUUCAAAAACUCAAGGCCUCCACCCCUGGCGAGAAGCGGGAGCUGUGUAAUGUGAUGAUGCAGUUGAGGAAGAUGGCCAACCACCCACUGCUCCACAGACAGUACUACACCACAGAGAAGCUCAAAGCCAUGAGCAAACUCAUGCUCAAGGAGCCAACUCACUUUGAUGCAGAUGCAGCUCUGAUCCAGGAGGACAUGGAGGUGAUGUCAGACUUUGAGCUGCAUCGUCUGUGCCAGCGAUACUCCACCAUCAGCUCCUACCAGCUUGAAAACAAUCUCCUGCUUGACUCUGGGAAGUUCCACUACCUCAAAGAGCUUCUGGCCUCUCUAAAAAACAAGGGCGACAGAGUGGUAUUAUUCAGUCAGUUCACCAUGAUGCUGGACAUCGUGGAAGUGCUGCUGAAACAUCACAAGCAUCGUUACGUCCGACUGGAUGGAUCUACACCCAUAGCCGACAGGAUUGUGUUGAUUGAUGAGUUCAACACGGACCCUGAAAUAUUUGUGUUCCUGUUGUCAACUCGUGCUGGAGGCCUGGGCAUCAACCUCACGUCAGCUAAUGUCGUGAUUCUACAUGACAUCGACUUCAACCCCUACAAUGACAAACAGGCAGAGGACAGGUGUCACCGUGUGGGACAGACCAGGGUUGUGAAGGUGAUUAGGCUGAUCAGUAAGGGCAGCAUAGAGGACUGCAUUCUGGAGCUGGGACAGAAGAAACUAAAGCUGGAGCAGGACAUGACUGCUGCUGAGCAGGGUGGUGAGGGAUUCAUACCGGAAGAUAUGGCAUCUUUACUCAAAGCUUCACUGGGACUGUGAUACACAUGAAACUUGAGACGUUUUUGAAAGCAUUCCUAUGAUCCUGGCCAGAAACUACUGAGAAUCAUAUGCUGCAGGUUCUGAAGAUGAAGUCUGAUUGACUGACUGUGUAGCGUGCUAGCUGUGCCUAAAACACAAUUUUUACCUGCUCUGAGUUUAUGUUCUUACUUUGUCUAUGAGACCAGUAUUUACAGAGAAGGCUGAACAACAACUUAGCCUUUUUAUUAUUAUGCACUUCUCAUGUUACGUAAAAGAUUCCAAAGUGUAGAAACGUGAAAGAACUUGGUUUUAAGAAGUUCAGCGUGAACAUGUAUUGAAGAACACCAUCAACCGUUUGGUACUGAACUUAUAGACUGAAACAAAGUUCACAUAACUGAAGUGAUGUGAACAAAGCCUUGUGUCAUGUACAUUUAGAUAACUGUACUGUAUGCUGGUUAGGACACUGAGAAGCCUGAUGGAAUAUUCAGAAUUGUUGUAUGGUAAUGAUUCUUACACACUGAAAUAGGUGGUGCUUGGAGAAUGGCACCUGGCAGUGUUGCAUCCUUGUCAUUCCAGCCAGUGAUUUUAAAACACACUAGUUUACAUCCCAAUGAUUUUCAUUCUAUUCAAAACAAUUUUGGCACUUGCGGUUGCAUCACAAUUUCAGUUUAGUAUCUAGAAAAUGAACUUCUGUCACCGUUAGUCUACUGUGUUGAGUUUCAUCUUUCAAGCCCAGUUCUUUUCCUGUCAGAGACAUGUCAAAUGAAUUCAGAGAAUGUUUUUACGUUAAGUACGGUGCUUGAAUUAUUUUCUUUGAGUUUUCGAGCCAAGCAACAAAGAAGAUGAUUUGAGGAAUCAGCUGCUGCAUUCAUGUACUGUACAAGUGGCUAAUGUGUUGUAAGUGUACAAGUGUUACCGUAAACGCUUUUACUAAGUCGUUUGUAUGAUUUCUAGAUACCUGUUUAAACUUAAUAAUAAAUAUUGGAAUAAA